GCGACAUGCAGCUCUGAUCAACAAGAUGUGAGCGGAGCAUUUCAGCAGCAGCGAUGGGUCCUUGAUACCCUAGUUACGAGUACACCGUCGUGGUUUCUAGUUAGCCUAGGUAUUUGUUGUGUUAUUUUAAUGUGUCGUGACUCAAACACGGUUUUUAUGACGGAUAUUCCUUUCACAACGUCGUCAACAUGGCCGUGGUUGACAAAAAUAAUUCCAUUCACGAUUCCUCCGAAAAGCAAAGGUUACUGUCUCCAGUGACUCGCUAUGGAUCCCGUGACUUUGGUGAUGACCAUGGCAGUCCCAGGUGGUCCCCAGCAGCAGGAACCUGGGUGACUGUGGACAAGGAUGAGGAAGAGUUGCGCAGGAAACUGAAAUAUUUCUUCAUGAGCCCAUGUGAUAAGUUCCAUGCCAAAGGCAGGAAGCCAAUUAAACUGGGUCUGCAGAUCCUAAAGAUCAUCAUAGUCACAGUGCAGCUGGUGUUUUUUGGCUUGAGUAACCAGAUGGUUGUGACAUUUAAAGAAGAGAAUACAGCCUCCUUUAAACACCUCUUCCUCAAAGACUAUGAUGACGACACAGAUGAAAUGCUGGCAGUGUACACGCAGACUGACGUGUAUGACCGCAUCUACUACGCAAUAGAGCAGUACCUGGCCCUGCCAGAGACCACCGUUGGCCGCUAUGCGUACGUGUAUGGCGUUGGGGUCAACGGCAGUGCUCUGUCUCUCUGCCAGCAGUACUACAAAAAGGGCCAAAUAGACCCUGCCAACGACACCUUCAACAUCGAUCCCCACGUCAUCACAGACUGUAUAGGUGUCACACCACUUGCCCCUCCUCCAGGUGCUAUGAUGGAAAGUGACUACAAAAAUUUUAGCCUCAAAUUUCAUAAACUCAUCAACGUGACGAUCAGUUUUCAGCUGAAAGCUAUAAACCUUCAGACCAUCAUAAACAAUGAGAUUCCGGACUGCUACACUUUUGUAAUCACAAUAGUGCUGGAUAACAAGGCUCACAGUGGCAAGGUGAAGAUCAGUCUGGACAACGAGGUCUUGAUUAAGGAGUGCAGAGACCCCAGCGUGUCCGGCCAUGUGGAGGGCUAUGCUCGGAUGGGCUUUGACGUGGUCGUAGCAGUGGUGUGUACCCUCUCUCUGCUGCUCUGUGGGCGCUCUAUUGUCAGAGGAAUCCUCCUUCAGCAGGAGUUUGUGCAGUACUUUAAGGACAGGCUGAACCGCAGUGUGUGCUGGGGGGACCGGCUGGAGUUCAUCAACGGCUGGUACAUCCUCCUCAUCAUCAGCGACCUGCUCACCAUCACCGGCUCCUUCAUCAAGAUCCGCAUUGAGAUGAAGAACAUCUCAUCCUACGACGUGUGUGGAAUUCUGCUGGGAACAUCAACCCUGCUGGUGUGGGUGGGGGUCAUUCGAUACUUCAGUUUCUUCCAGAAGUACAAUAUCCUGAUAGUGACGUUGCGGGCAGCGUUCCCUAACGUCAUCCGCUUCUGCUGUUGUGUGGCGGUGAUCUACCUGGGUUACUGCUUUUGCGGGUGGAUUGUCCUAGGACCCUAUCAUGUCAAGUUCCGCUCUCUGUCCAUGGUGUCGGAGUGGUCUGUUCUCGCUAAUAAAUGAGAUGACAUGUUCGUUACCUUCAGCGAUAUGCAGGAAAGCAGCAUACUGGUGUGGGUUUCAGCCAGUUGUACCUGUACACCUUCAUCUCUCUGUUCAUCUACAUGGUUCUCUCACUCUUCAUCGCCCUCAUCACCGGCGCGUACGAGACCAUCA